AUCAGGAUCUCAUUUUCUCUCUCUCGGUCUCUCUUUCCAAAUCUUGUUCACCAUGUAUUGAUUUCUCCAAAAUUCUGGGUUUCCAAUCGCAUAAAGCUUUUGCUUGGAAAACAAGGCUGUUGCGUCAAGGAUCACCGGGGAGAAGGUUUCUCCGCCGUUGAGAAACCUUUCACCGUGAAAAAGACAUCAUAAUGGCGGACUCGCCGGGGAAUUCUCCUCCUGCUCCGGAAACCCCUAAUGCAGGUUCUCCGUCAAAUGGGACAACGCCUUCAAAUGGGUCAUCUCCGCCGACACCAACCUCUCCAUCGCCACCGUCUCCAGAUUCUGCUCCCCCGCCAAAUAACAACGACUCGGCUUCUCCAGCGCCGCCUGCGCCACCGAGCCAGGAAACCUCACCUCCUCCAGCAUCAUCAUCGCCGCCAGCUGUAGGUAAUCCGCCACCGCAAACUCCAGAAAAUCCUACUCCACCUUCGCCUGAAGGCUCAUCUCCGGGAACGCCACCGGCACCGCCUCAAACACCGUCGAACCAAGCACCGCCUUCACAAAGACCAGCUCCUACUUCUCCUGGUGCCAAUGAUGACCGAAACAGAACCAAUGGCGGCAAUGGCAACAACAGAGACGGUUCCGUACCCUCUCCACCAUCAGGGAACAGAAAUCCCGGUGACGGUGGCUCACCUUCACCGCCUCGGUCAAUAAGCCCUCCUCGGAAUGGUGGAGAUUCAUCAGACCCCUCAUUACCACCAGGGAAUCAUCAGCAACAAGCCAACGUUGGAUUGAUUAUUGGAGUCCUUGUAGGAGCAGGGCUAUUGCUUCUACUUCUAGUUAUUAUUUGCAUCUGCUGCAACAAGAAGAAGAAGAAACGUUCUCCUCAAGUCAACCACAUGCACUAUUACAACAACAGCCCCUUUGGAGCACCCACAGGUAAUGGUGGUUAUUAUAGCAAUGGAACACCUCAAGAUCAUGUGGUGAAUAUGGCUUCUCAAGGUGGUGGAAAUUGGGGACAACAGCAACCUGUGUCCGGUCCUCAUAGCGGCAGUUCCAACUUAACCGGUCGAACCGCUGCUACACCGUCGCCUCCAGCCGUGACUCUUGGUCACAACCAAAGCACGUUCACCUACGAUGAGCUGUCGAUUGCGACAGAAGGUUUCUCUGAGUCAAAUUUGCUAGGACAAGGAGGAUUUGGGUAUGUUCACAAAGGGGUUUUGCCUGGUGGCAAAGAAGUUGCAGUCAAGAGUCUUAAACUCGGAAGUGGACAAGGAGAACGCGAGUUUCAAGCAGAGGUCGAGAUCAUUAGCCGUGUCCAUCAUCGUCAUCUCGUUUCUCUUGUCGGAUACUGCAUCUCUGGUGGUAAAAGGCUUUUGGUUUACGAGUUUCUACCUAAUAACACUCUUGAAUUCCAUCUUCACGGAAAGGGUCGUCCAGUUUUGGAUUGGCCUAUACGAGUGAAGAUUGCCUUGGGAUCAGCUAGAGGCCUUGCAUAUUUGCACGAAGACUGUCAUCCUCGCAUUAUCCAUAGAGAUAUCAAAGCUGCAAACAUUCUUCUUGAUUUCAGUUUUGAAACUCAGGUUGCAGAUUUUGGAUUAGCUAAGCUAUCUCAGGACAACUACACUCAUGUCUCCACUCGUGUUAUGGGAACUUUCGGAUAUUUAGCUCCAGAGUAUGCCUCAAGCGGCAAGUUAUCAGACAAAUCUGAUGUUUUCUCUUUUGGAGUAAUGCUUCUUGAGCUCAUAACCGGACGACCUCCAGUGGAUCUAACCGGAGAAAUGGAAGACAGCUUGGUAGAUUGGGCAAGGCCUGUGUGUUUGAAAGCAGCUCAAGAUGGAGAUUACAGUCAAUUGGCAGAUCCGCGUCUAGAGACAAACUACGAUCAACAAGAGAUGGCUCGAAUGGCUUCUUGUGCAGCUGCAGCAAUCAGACACUCAGCAAGAAGACGACCUAAGAUGAGCCAGAUUGUACGAGCGCUAGAAGGAGAUGUAUCAAUGGACGAUCUAAGUGAAGGAGGAAGAGGAGGACAAAACACGUAUCUGAGCCCUGGAAGCGCGAGCUCCGAGUAUGACGCGAGCUCGUACAGUGCAGACAUGAAAAAAUUCAAGAAGUUGGCAUUAGAGAGUAAAGAGUAUCAAAGCAGUGAAUAUGGUGCAACAAGCGAGUAUGGCUUAAAUCCUUCUGCUUCAAGUAGUGAAGAAAUGCAUAGAGGUUCAAUGAGACGCAAUCCUCAACACUGAAACACACACAUUUCUCACUUUCUUCUCUCUGCCUUUUCAUCUUUUGCUUAAGGCUUUGCUCCAUUGAUUGUUUCAUUCUGCGUCAAAGCAUUGCAGUUUGAAAAAAGUCCAAAUUAUAAUGUUUUUAGGAGUGAUUUUUGACCACAGAGACUAUAGUGUUCUGCUGAAAUGUAUAGUUCAAAUCCUUAAUAAGCCAUGCAAAUGCUAUAGUUUUAU